GGAAUUUUCUGGUUGGUUCGGCGUCGAAGGUCUGACUCUCUCGCGGAGGGUAGCGCCACGAAGCUGCUGCACCCUGUCGGCUGGCGGUCUUAAUAGCCGCAAAGGGCGGCUGAGGUGGUUUGGUGUCUUUCGCGAGUGAACGCUUGGAGAGCUGUGGUGUAAUCGGGUGAUGCUGGGCGCUGACUCAUUGAAACGUGGAGCUUCUUCUUUUGUAGUUGUAUAAAUGGUAUCUGCCUUGAAGGGCGAGCCGCCUUUUACUCAGAUAUUUUCGCUCGUGUACGGUAGCUGGCGGCGACAAGGAAAAUGACCUUCAUGUUGUUUGCCGGCGGUUCUCGGUUAUCUUUCCUGAGGACGUCGAAGGUACUGUACCGGGAAAUAAAGAAAGGUGGUUUUGGUGAAGUUGUCUGUCUUAAUUGUACUGCUCUAAGGUUGACAUGCAACAGAAGUGCUUUGUUCAGAAACUUUAGCACCACACCAACAAACAGCAGUUCUUUGCAUACAAGUGAUCACUAUAGUUGCUGGAGAAAAGGAACAAAGCGGCUAUACUGUCAUGUGGGUGCUCCUUUGCCAUGCAAUUCCACCAAUAUUGGAUCACAUUAUGUUUCCGUAAGAUGGUGGCAUUCAACACAUCAACUGUAUGACGACUCCAAAGUAGAAAAAUCUCUGAAAUCUCUAAAGGAUAAGAAUAAGCGGCUGGAGGAAGGAGGCCCUGUAUAUAGCCCUAUUGAGCCUGAAGUACGCAAGUCUCUGCGUCAGAAGAUUGUAGAAGAAAUAAAACAUUAUUACCAUGGCUUCCAGUUACUGUGGAUUGACACAAAAAUAGCAGGCAGAAUGCUUUGGCGAGUUCUGAAUGGACAUGUUCUGUCAAGGAGAGAGCAUAGACAGUUUUUGCGGACAUGUGCUGACCUCUUUCGACUGGUGCCCUUCUUGGUUUUCUUGAUUGUUCCGUUCAUGGAGUUUCUUCUUCCCGUUGUUCUUAAACUCUUUCCUAACAUGCUUCCUUCAACCUUUGAGACAAAAUCUAAGAAAGAAGAUAGGUUGAAAAAAGAACUUAGAGUUAAACUUGAAAUGGCAAAAUUUCUUCAGGAUACAAUUGAAGAGAUUGCCCUGAGAAAUAAAGCAGCUAAAGGAGAUGUCACAAAGGACUUUUCUACAUUCUUUCAGAAGAUUCGAGAUUCUGGGGAAAGGCCCAGUAAUGAGGAGAUCAUGCGUUUUUCUAAGCUAUUUGAGGACGAACUUACACUUGACAACUUAACACGACCUCAGCUGGUUGCACUUUGUAAAUUGUUAGAGUUGCAGUCAAUGGGAACCAAUAACUUCUUACGAUUUCAACUUAUUAUGAAACUGCGUGCCAUUCGUGCAGAUGACCAGUUGAUUGCAGAAGAAGGCGUAAAUACACUGAAUGUAAAUGAACUGCAGGCCGCCUGUAGGACUCGGGGAAUGAGGGCACUUGGAGUAACUGAAGAAAGAUUACAAAACCAACUCAAACAAUGGUUGGAUCUUCACUUAAACCAGCAAAUUCCAACUUCACUGUUACUCUUGUCUAGAGCCAUGUUUCUUCCAGACACCCUUUCACCAGCUGACCAGCUUACAACAACUUUACAAACAUUGCCAGACAGUGUGGCAAAGGAAGCUCAAGUGAAAGUAGCAGAAGUUGAAUGUGACAAGGUGGAUAAUAAAACCAAAUUGGAAGCAACAUUGCAAGAGGAAGCAGCCAUCAAAAAGGAGAACCAGGAGCGUGAGAUGGAACGGAUGGCAGAAGCUGCUGAGAAAGCAAAAGAGAGCUUACAGGUUGAAGCCAGGGAAGUAGAAUCUGCAGUGAAUCUGGAAGCAGCAGCUGUAAAUGUGAAGGAGAGCCAAAUUGUUAUUGAUACAGAACACGAAUUGGCUAAGGCUGACCUGGCGAUGCACUCCGAGACCUUGAAGGAUACAGCCCCAGUAUUAGAAGGAAUAAAGGGUGAAGAAAUUACAAAGGAGGAAAUAGAUAUGCUCAGUGAUGCUUGCAUAAAGUUGCAAGAACAGAAGAAACUACUAACUAAAGAGAAGGAAGAGCUGGAGGAAUUAAAGGACGAUAUACAAGAAUAUAGUGAGGGUUUGCAGGAGAUUAAGAAGGAAUUAUCUAAGACUGGCAAAGAAACAGUUGUGGAAGAGUCGAAGGCAAGCAAGCGAUUAACCAAGAGAGUAAAUCGAAUGAUCAGUCAAAUUGACAAACUGAUUGGUGAGCUGGAGACAGGAAAAGAGAUGCUGGAUGGUCAGUUGGACAGUGGCAAAGUGCAAUCUGAUGGUUUGUAUUUCACCUUUAGGGACAAUCUCAUCAGCAUCAAUGAGCUGAUCAGUGCGAUGAAGCAGAUCCAGAACAUCCCACAACACAAAUUACAGAAGAUUGCUGAAUCUCUUGAUGAAAAUAAAGAUGGAAGGAUUGAUAUCAAUGAUGUCAUUAAAGUAGUGAAACUAAUUGAUAAAGAGGAUAUAGACAUCUCAACUAAUCAGGUUGCAGAAAUUUUGGAAUUAUUACGCAAAGAAGAGAAAGUUGUUGAAAACCAAAAAGUGAAGGAGAAAUCUGAGAAGGAACAGCUGGCAGAAAUCCAGAAUUAAAUGGUUCUCACUAUGUCAGAACUCAUCUAAUCCAUUUGUUUGAUUUCUCUUUUGAAACUUGCAGGAAGUAUUUGCAUAGCUGGGAAAAUCAAGUGGAUAAUAUAUAUUGGAAAGAAAUUGUAGUUUUCUGUAUUUCACUGAAGAGAUCAAAUAAUGUUCAAUCUAGAAUUGAAUCCUUCAUUCCAGAUGCUUGAAAACAUUAGAUUUUUCUUUGAAGUGAAAAUAAAAGAAAUGUGAUGUGGUAAGCUCACUGUGUUUAAAAAUGAACAAAAUAACAACAAAUCUCUGUCUUGAUGGUGAUCAAGGAACACACAUAAAAUGCUGGUGGAACGCAGCAGGCCAGGCAGCAUCCUGGCCUGCUACGUUCCACCAGCAUUUUAUGUAUGUUGCUUGAAAUUCCAGCAUCUGCAGAUUUCCUCGUGUUUGCUUGAUGGUGAUCGGUCUUGUUCCUUAAAGUGCUUGCAGUGUACAGCCUCGCUGAAGCUUAUUUAAAUUUUAAAAUUUUGCUUGCAGUAGCAUCCAUUAAAUUGAAUAUAUAUGAAUUCAAUAACCUAGUGUGUUAUAAAAUCGAAUUGGAUAAAUGUCAUACCAAAAAAUUUUAAUAUUUCUCACAUGGGUAAAAUUCUUAUAAAAAUUUCCACUAAAAUGUUGCAAUCCUUGGGUGUACCUACUACUCCUGUCAUAUAGUGCAUCUUUUCAGCUACAGCUUACCUGUUUGUAAUAUAUGCCUGUUGAAUUGGUUAUUUCCAUGUAUUGCUACAUUGCUCAAACAACUUGCUUCAUCUGUACUGCUAAAAGCCUAUGAUUUGUCAAUGAAAUUUUAAGAAUACACUCAGGUAUUGAUAAAUUUAUAUUUGAAGUGGUUUACUUUGUAAAGAUCAAACCCUUUUCAAAUUGUAUCUAUAUUUAAAAUUGCAGGUACUGUGGUUAAUGCUUUGAGAUUUGCUUACCUGUACAAAAUUGGACUUUAAUGUGGCUAAUGAAUUUUGAAUGUCAUUUACAUUUUUAUUGUAGAAUUUCAUUUAAUUAUUUUUAGAUACCCAUGUUAAUAUUCUCUUGGUAAAAUGUGUUCUUCAUAAUUGCACACUUUUACAUUGCAGUUCUUUGUGAGUAAGAAAUAACCUUCAGAAAGUCCACUCAAUUCUGGGUUCCAAUGCCUUUGGUACCACACAAGAUGUAUUUUGAUUCUUAAUUAUUUCCUAAACUAUUUGUAUGAUGCUAAUGAAUGUUGCACAAAGGUUGUAUAGUUACAGAUCUAUUUGUGCAUUAUUUGCACUAUUAAUAUAACAUUUGAGAAUAAUUUUGUUCAGAAUUAAGGCUGUUAAUAACUAAAUCAAUUGAGUCUCCAUAACUAUAUUGUCAAGUAAUUAAUCUUUAUUUCUGCACUGAAGCUUGCACACUUUACACUGGAAAUUAUUUGAAUAACUUACUUGCUUAAGACUCCAUUAAUAUUUUUGAGUUACAGUAAUAUUCCUAAUAAUUUUUUCACAAUGUCAAAUCAAAUAGUUAUUCAAGUACUAAAAAUUUAUAGCAGAUGCUGAAAAUCCAAAUAACGCAGCCAAAAUACUGGAGGAACUCAGCAAGCCAGGCAGCAUCUGUGGAAAUGAGUAAGCAGCUGACAUUUUGGGCUGAGACCCUUCAUCAGGCGUCACGAUGAAGCUCAUUUGCAUUGAAAAUGAGAUCUGUGUAAUUGAAAUAUUAAAUGCAUUAUGACCAAUUUCAAAGGCGAUGAACUUCCCAAAUAAAUUGGUUUGGAAGCGGAGACACAAAUUUGAUAAAAGUCAUUUGGUUGUAUAUAAUGCUAACUGAAGCUAUAGUGUGGUCAAUUACCUCUUCACAGUUUCUGCAUCCUUCUUUAGUUAUUUGUCUUUUGUUAUAACAACAGACAAGCAAAAACAGCUUUGGAAUAUUUUUUCCCAGUCCAUACCUAUUCACUACUCCCUGUGUUGCUCUUAUUCCAGCCAAGUCUAAAUUUUAGAAUAAAUUGGCAGAGCAAUUGAUUAUACCGCAUGGUGAUAUACUGAGGGCUAUACACUCCUUUCACUCCGUGACCUCGAUUCAAAAUGAUGGCCAAAAGUAAAGAGACUGUGCAGAUUCUGUGUUUUACAUUUCAGGACACAAACUAAAGUUGUAAAUAACUUGAUUAUCUAAUUGAGAUAUAAAAAAGAUCUAGUUGAUAAUUAAGAAUAUAUCAUUUAAUACUAUUGAACUAGUUUACUAUUCAAUAUUAACAAAUUAAAAAGAAAGGGUUUUGCUUUUAAACUGAAUUUUAUCCAGUCUGGAACUAAUUAAAAUAGCAUCUUAAGGAAAAAAAACCCUUUUGAUCACUGUCAAAACUAGAAAAAAAUCACUGAAAUCAUUUGGAGUCCAAAAUUCAAACUAAACAUUCAAUUAAGGGUGUUGCUAUGGAAUUGAGUUAUGUAAUUACAACGUAAAUGUAUCCCUUCUGUAAAGGGAAAUAUGAGUGCACAGCAAUCUGCAAAGUUAAGCAUUUAUCAAAUUUAAAGGAAAAAUUCUUAAAUUAACAUGCUUAAUGCCUGGUGGAACUUGUACACGUCUUGAAAGUGAACUACAGUAUUUGUGAUGUUGGACGAUACUGUUUGUUGUAAUUUUGACAUAUUUGUUGCUUGUGUUAAUACAAUAUGGUUCUGCUUUAUUAGAUAUUUCCUGCUUUAAUGUUAAUAUAUACAGAAGGUAGUGCACUGAACUUUGAAAAAUGAUAGAUACAUUUUUAAUAAACAAUGGACUGAUCUUUGAAAAAGUUAAAUUCAAAAAGAUCUAAAUAUUCAUGUUUAAUAAUUGAACAGCUGGUAUGAUUAAAGUACACCAAGUACACACAAGUGUCUUGCCAUUUUCUUUCCUCAUGGAUUCUUCAGUUUUUGUGAACUAUAAGGAAUCAACUGACCUUCAGAAUAUCCUCAAGGCAAGUUUAGUGUAUUUGCCAUCGUGAAUCACACAGUUGAACAAAAUCUAAACCAAGGAUCAUCAGUCGAACAAUGUACAGUAUCUAGCUUCUAUUACCUUGUAAAAACAUUUUAAGUUUCAACUCUGCUUCUGGCUUUGCAUUUUUAAAACAUGAAAUGAAAUCAAAUUGGGAAAGGCAAGGAUGCUUGCAUUACUA